AUGGAUAAAUGAGCAGUAUUCCCCAAAACCAUGCCCCCAUGAGUUGGAAGCCUUUGAACCAGGGGCUCGGGCUGUAGCUUUUUUAAUGAUUAAUCUGGAAGCAUUCCGAACCAUCCGGGUGCACGGACCUCGAAGUGAUCAUUGCGCGAUCUAACGGUAGAUUCGUCGAUAUGAGCAAGAAGUAGCCAUGGGAAAUCUACCCAACCCAAUCCCCCCAGCCGUUGUGGAGGCCGUGGAGGAGAUCGUGAGGGUGUACAAGUCGCUGCCUCCGAGGCCUUCCGUAGAAGAGGUGGAGGCGGCCAUGGCCGUGAUCGAGAGCUCAACCUCCGAGGAGGAGCUCAGAAUCGAGGAGGUGGACAGGAUGGAGAAGUCCUCAGACGUCCCCGAAGAGCUCUUCUUUGUGUUGCAGGAGGUGAAGAAGAGCCUGGUCCGGCUUCAGAGCCAUGAGCAGAGGAGGGAGGCCCUGCACGUGGCGGAGCUCGACAAGAGGUUCCAGGUGUUCGACGAGCUCAUCCAGAGGACCUUCAAGCUGGUCUCCCGUGACGAGAGCGAUGCUGGCGAUGAGGAGGAGGGAAAAGGGACCGGUUUUGCUGUAGUGGUUCCUAAGAUUGAUAAGGUUUUGGUCAAGACGGACAAGGACGAGAAGAUGGGGGAGUUGGAUGCUCCCAAAGGAUUGGUUAAUGUUUCCAGUGUUUCCCCUUGGAAAUCUGAGAUCCCAUCUUCAGGUGGUGAUGCGGAUAAAUUAAGUCUUAUCCAAGUGGCAAGCUUGAUUGAGGCUAAAGCGAAAGAAGGAACUGAAGUACUCCACCUUCGGGGGAAGUUAAUGGACCAAAUUGAGUGGCUUCCACUGUCACUUGGGAAGUUAAAGGGCAUCACUGAUCUGGAUUUAUCUGAGAACCAAAUCAUGGCACUCCCAUCAACAAUUGGUAGUCUUAGGUUUUUAACGAAGCUUGACAUCCAUUCAAACCAGCUGAUAAAUCUACCUGACUCAUUUGGAGAACUAUCCAGUUUAGUUGAUCUUGACCUGCAUGCAAACCAGUUGAAAUCUCUGCCUGCUUUAUUUGGGAACCUUACAAGUCUAGCCAACUUAGACUUGAGUUCCAAUCAGUUGUCUGUACUGCCUGAGACGUUUGGGAAUCUAACAAAAUUGAGAAGAUUGAAUGUUGAAACAAAUGAGCUGGAAGAGCUUCCUUACACUAUUGGAUCAUGUACUUCUCUAGUUGAGCUCAGGUUAGAUUUCAAUCGACUAAAAGCACUUCCCGAAGCGACUGGGAAGCUGGAAUGCUUAGAAGUUCUGACAUUGCACUAUAAUAGAGUCAAAGGGUUGCCUACUACAAUGGCUUCACUUUGCAGGUUGAAAGAACUUGAUGCUAGCUUCAAUGAGCUUGAAUCAAUCCCUGAGAGCUUGUGCUUUGUCACUAGUCUUGUGAAGUUGGAUGUAGGAGGAAAUUUUGCAGACUUGAGAACAUUGCCAAGAUGCAUUGGAAAUCUUGAGAUGUUGAAAAAACUGGACAUAAGCAACAACCAGAUAAGAAUAUUGCCUGAAUCCUUUCGAUUUCUGUCAAAGCUAAGAGUGUUCCAUGCAGAUGAGACUCCAUUGGAAGUACCACCAAGACAAGUGGUCAAGUUGGGAGCUCAGGCGGUUGUUAAGUACGUGGCUGAUUUAGUUGCAUCAAAGGACCCCAGUUUUCACCUAACUGAGAGGAAGGGCUUUUGGUUUUGGCUUUGCACGGUGUGCUCUCCUCGCAGCAAGAAACACAACGAAGAUAGAGACUUCACAAUAGCUUGAAAUCCUUCAUUCCAUAUAAAAUUUGUGCAGCAUGCUUCCACAAGGUUCCUUUAAUCGUUGUUUGUUUUGAUGAUCAUCUCUAAUCAUUCGGUGUGACUUAAACAAUUCCAUGUUUUGAUCUUUGUAAUUAAGUAACAGUUAAUCAUUGUAAUGCCAUAUUUCCUUUACGCAAUCUUCUCGCACAAGCUUCUUUAUAUACUGUUGAGUGGGAUGUAAUUUUGCAGCUGAUUUACUCUUUUUACAGUCAAGAUUGCCUAUAUGUUAUUUUGUCA